UCGUGGUCUUGAAUAAUUCGCGAAAUUGGGAGAAUGUCAACAUGAUUCAUGUAAGAGGUCAAGUGAAAGAUUAAAGGGACAAUAUGGGUUAAUCUGGACCUAAAUAAGAAGAUAGAGACAAGGAAGAAGGAAUCCAGAGAAUGACAUUCCAGGACAAGUCCACCAGCUCUAUCCUGCCCUACACCUGUGUUUAUAUAGAUGCAGAGUUCAAGGACAUCUUUGGAGCCGCCUCGCGGUGUCUGACAUGUUGUGGAGACAGAGAGCAGGUCAUUCAAGAUCUGAAGCAGAUGUGGACGACAUCGACUAAUCAGAAUCCUGUCUUACCUUGUCUGUCAGUCAGAACCGGUCUAGACCUGUUCCUGCAGGUCAAAAAUUAUCCACCAGGCUCCGAGAUCAUCAUGUCAGCCAUUAACAUUCCUGAUAUGGUGUACAUUGUUAAACACCAUGGACUAAAGGUUGUUCCUUUGGAUGUUGAUAUAGAAAGAACAAGUCCAAAACUAGAUCAACUGAAGCACCUCAUUUCCACAAAGACAGUAGCCAUAUUAGUGGCCCAUAUAUAUGGGAAGCAGGUAGAAAUGGACAGUAUUAUAGACAUAGCUCAGGAGCAGAAUCUAGUCGUGAUAGAGGAUUGUGCUGAGUGUUUCUGUGGAUUUGAUUGGUUAGGAAAUCCCAGAUCUGACCUUUCCCUUUUUAGUUUUGGUGUAAUUAAACCUUCAACGGCUUUUGGUGGUGCAAUAGCAAAAAUUCGUGAUCAAGAUUUAUAUGACAAAAUGCAUAGACAUUAUUCUAAAUAUCCUGUGCAAAAGCAUGGGGAAUAUUUCAAGAAGUUGACCAAGUAUUUUAUGGUUUACUUGUUGUUAGACUGUCCUCAGGUGGUCAAACCUGCCAUGUGGCUUACCCGUACUCUAAAUAUAGACCACAAACGCUACGUUAUAAAAAUGCUACGAGGAUUCCCUAGUGAUAUGGUUCAUCGGAUCCGACAGCAGCCAUCCAAUGCUCUGUUACAAACACUUCGACACAGACUGAAAAACUUCAAGGCCACGGAAUUCAAGUCGACCAGUAUAAAGGGUGACUAUGUUAGGGAGCGCCUCCCAGAAAGUGUGACUAUUGUGGGGGCAGAGAGCACGGUCAACAACUACUGGCUCUACCCUAUACUGGUGGAAAACCCCGACACAGUGGUUAAGAUUCUGAAUGCUAUGGGGAUUGAUGCUUACCGAGGCGCCACUCAGCUGAACAUCAUCGAACCCGAGAAAUGGAACCCCCACCUGGACUAUUUUGCCCCACUGAUCCACUAUUACCCCCAUGAGGCACGCUAUCUCAUUGAUCAUGUCGUGUACCUACCAGUCAACAAAUCUGUGCCGUUCCAUGUUCUGGACCAGAUUUGUAAAGGGUUGGAGGUGGCCAUUAAAAUCAGCAAGAAUGGUCGAAGUGUUAAUGUCAGGCCCCAGUCCAAACUUGUUGAAGACAUAACAGGAAAGGCCUUUAAGAAGAUAAAGAUCGGAACCACAGACGACACGGGCGCACAUCGUCUUAACCGGCUCUAUUGUAUGGCCUUCUUCAUUGCACUCACCCUCUUCUCUAGUGCUGAACAGUUUGUCGGAGAACCAAUAUCUUGCUGGUGCCCUGCUCAGUUCAAAAAGUUCCAUGUAUCCUACGCCAAUGCCUAUUGCUGGAUCAAAAACACCUACCUCGUCCCGUUCGAGGAUUCACUUCCGGUGGACCACAGGGAGCGAGAGGACCAGGAGAUUAUGUACUACCAGUGGGUCCCUAUCAUCUUCGCUUUACAAGCCUUCAUGUUCUUCCUACCGAGAAUGUUCUGGAAACACUGGAACGGGUAUUCUGGUUUUGAUCUGAAGAAGGUGCUGAGGAUAGCGGAUAAUGCAUCUUACGACAGUCCUGAUGAAAGAAAGGACAAGAUUGGACAGUUGGCUGAAUUCAUUGACAGAUGGAUUGAUAUAAGGGACUGUAUCAUGGGGAAAACGAAAACUUCCAGGCGAAUCAAGGAAGCCAUGGCGUCCGUAGGAAUACACAAGGGGAAUUUUAUGAUGGUGUUCUAUCUUUUUACUGGCUUCCUGUAUUUUGCAAAUACACUUGGACAAUUUUUCCUGUUAGAGCUUUUACUGGGAAAUAAUUUUCUUCGUAUUGGUCCGGAUUUUCUCAUGUUAAUGUUUGAAGGAAAAAAGUGGAAGGAUCUGGAACGCUUUCCAUUGGUGACCUAUUGUGACUUUGACAUUAGACAGCUGUCUAAUCUACAACGCUGGACUGUUCAGUGUUCACUUCCAAUUAAUUUGUUUAAUGAGAAACUCUUUGUUAUCACGUGGUUUCUUCUCGUUGUAAUGACCCUCAUCAAUGGCGGACAUCUUGUCUGGAACAUGGUCACAUUCUGUUUGCCAUGGAGGCAGCACCAUUAUAUACUCAAAUAUCUGCAUUUAUCGGAGCCUAAACAUUUCAACUCCAAAGGCGCAGCUAGACAAAGAGACCUGGUGGAUAAGUUUAUCAAGAAUUAUUUGAGGAAUGACGGUAUAUUUGUGAUUUGGAUGGUGUCCGCAAACACUAGCCAAGUGCUGGCUUCAGAGUUGGUGGAGACAUUAUGGACAAAUUAUUGUGAGAAACCCACGAUCAAAAGUUACAUGAAUCUCGAAGAUGACGAGAUUCAGUGCUGAGUCGAUACAUGCAAGUCGAAAUUUUUUGUUUGUCUUAUUUAACAUCUGAAAAUUCCUUUUCACUUAAAGUUUUAUUACUUGAGAUGCACCCAUACCAAUGCAUUUGUUCUCUUGCUUUAACAGGUUUAAUACAGGUAAAUAGGCCACUUUUAUGCAAAACAUGUCUGGUAGGGUUGUAUAUAUUGAAAAGCCUCAACACUGAACGUAAGAGAAUAUUAAACAAUUUACAUACUUUCAUAUAAUUUUUUUUUGGAAUUGGAAUGGCAAGAAGUCAACACUGAAAACACAUCUUCGCUAGCCAAGGGUUUUCGGUCCGCAACGCUCAACCCUUGGCUAGCGAAGAUGCUGAAAACAAUGUGUUCAUGUAAAAGAACAGUUAAUGCCUCGUGUUAUUGCCUUGUAUUAGGUUAAAUUGAUCAUGAAACCAUUCUCAAGUACUUGAUGAUCUUGUUAACUUAUUUUACAGUGCUAAUAAAAUUGUGAAAGGCCAUAUGUUGAACACAUCUUCAUUUUAUUUAAAAUAAUUUAAAUUCCAAACAGGUGUUGCAGUUUUACAUGUAUAGUGUCGGAUUGACAAAAUUUUAUCUCUAAGAUCUAUUUGUAUACUGCAUAUAUUUCUGAAACGGUCCGUUGGUGUUGUUGAAUUUGUUAAUCUUUUUUCUUUGUUUAAGAUAUGGUGCUUUUUAUAUUUACCCAUUAGAGUGCUUGGUUAUUUACUGCGUUGUGCCACAAAUCAUAGUUUUAUGUAAGUAAAUGCAGAAUUAGUGUUCCUAAAGUAGAAUAUUGAUUUCAUUUUUUAAAAUCAAAAACAUUUCAAGAAUUGUAAACAAAAAAAAUCUACAUCGAUAUACAUACUCCUCACCAUAUAUUAUCAUGAGGAAAAACGAUUGUCAUGUAAGAUUUUUAUGCAAUAGUUUUAUUUUUAAGCAGCGUUUUAAUUUUUUGGUUUGAAGAUACACAUUUUAUAACCAUUUAAUCAUGUUAAUUUUGAAUUCACUGGUUCGAAGUAUAUGUAAAUUUACCGGUGCUGUAAGUAUGGAACGUAUAUACAUAUAGCAAUAAGCUUUACAUGUAUUUUAAGGCCUAAAAUAAAAUAUUGUUUGUUUGCAGUUGCCUACCGACCCACUGAAAAUGCACCCGACCCAAACUUUUUUUUUUAGCCAUUUUGUAAUAUUUUUUUUUUUUUCAUUUUUCACGAUAUUGAAACUGUUUCAUUUUCAAUUUUGGUUUUUAUCAAUCAGUAGUUCAUACCAAGAGUGGAGCUUACUCGUGUAUAGUAGGCCUAUGAAAAACUCUAUUUAAUGUUUUCUAACAAAAAUCUGAAAACAAUUUUUUUUUUCAAAAAAAGAAAAAAAAAGAAUGUCUACCUACCUACCCAGUCUAAAAAUUAUAGAUCGGCAACUGCAAACAAAGAUUUUUUUUAAUCUUGGCCUGAUUCUUUAAGAUCCAUUUUGUCUCAUAUUUUUGUGAUAUACUUUUAUUUUUUUAAAGUCAAAUUAAUAAAUCUGUUAAACAUAUGAUGUCACUGGUGAGAGAGUAUUUUGUAUAUUGUAAUUAACUUCCAAAAACGAAUAAAGAAUUAAAAAAGAUAUA